AUGUUUUCUGUGAGAUUCUUGGUCGCCUUGGCGAUACAUGGGCGUGUUUUCGCCGUUGAUGUGUCUCAUCCGGAUGCUUCCCCUGGCCAUAUGGAGGCGACCAUCCUGGCAGAGGGAGAGUCGCAAAUCCGAAGCGUCGUGCGCAAGGAGAACGUGUCAGCAGAAAACGACGAAGGCAAGUCUUGCAAGUGCACAGAGGUCGACCUCAAGGGAAAGAAAUGGUCACCGGGUGGCCUGCAGAAGUGUGUGGGCAGCUGCACAGAUGUGAGGAAGAGCACCUCCAAGAACGAUUGCCCAAAGCACUGGAAAAUUAUUUCGCCACGGAACGAGGAAGAUUGGAAGACCUUGAUCGACUUAGACGUUCUUAAGGAGGUCGCAGCCCCACACCUGAGCCUUGAUUCAGAAAGGUAUCAUCACAAGAAAUAUGCUCUGCUGUGUGUAGUGUAG